AUGGGUGUGCUGCGGCUUAGAGUUGACGGUCAGACGUUCAGAGACCCUGACAAUCGUGAAAUCACUUUGAGAGGCAUCAAUGUGGCUGGGGAGGCCAAAUAUCCCAAGAAACCCGAUAUCCCCUCUUACGUGUCAGAUGGCUUCUUCGAUGCCGAUGACGUCUCAUUCGUGGGUCGACCGUUCUCUCUUGACGAUGCGCACACGCACUUCUCCAGGUUACGAAAAUGGGGUUACAAUACCAUUAGAUAUGUUUUCACUUGGGAAGCCAUCGAGCAUGCGGGCCCAGGCAGAUAUGACGAUGAAUGGAUCUCAUUCACUAUCGAGGUUCUUCGGAUUGCAAAGCAGUAUGGGUUUUACGUGUUCCUUGAUCCGCAUCAGGACGUUUGGUCAAGACUCUCGGGAGGUUCCGGUGCCCCAGCAUGGACACUAUACGCCGCAGGUUUCAACCCCAGAGGCUUCAAGAAGACCGAGGCAGCCCUCGUUCAAAACACAUUCGAUGAUCCGGCCGAAUUCCCGAAGAUGAUAUGGAGCACUAACUACACGAGGCUUGUUUGUCAGACGAUGUUCACGUUGUUCUAUGGAGGCAGGGAUUUUGCGCCGAAGGCCAUCAUAGAUGGCAUGAACAUUCAAGACUAUCUCCAGGGCCAUUUCAUUGCCGCGUGCAGAUAUUUUGCUCAGAAGAUUCACGAGGCCGGCGACAUCGAGGACGAAGUAGUCAUUGGUUGGGAAAGCAUGAAUGAGCCUAAUAGAGGGCUGAUUGGGGUGCAAGAUAUAUCUGUGAUUCCACCCGAGCAGCAACUGCAGUUAGGAACGUCGCCUACUGCUUUUCAGGCCAUGUUGACGGGCUCUGGGCGAGCAUGCGAAGAGACUACCUGGGCUUUUGGCGGAUUUGGUCCCUAUCAGACCGGCAGGGAGCUCGUGGACCCCGAGGGCGAGACGGCAUGGCUUCCGGCUGAUUACGAUGACAGCAAGUAUGGCUGGGUCAGGGAUCCUGGCUGGAAGCUUGGAGAAUGUCUUUGGGCCCAACAUGGCGUCUGGGAUCCGUCCUCAGAUCAACUCCAGCGAAAGGAUUAUUUCGCCAAAAAGCCUCAAACCGGUGAACCCUUGAACUAUGACAAAUUUACCAAUACAUAUUUUAUGGAGCAUUACAGAGCUUAUAGAGAUGCUCUCAGGAGUGUCUGGCCGGAAGCCAUCCUUUUCUGCCAACCCCCUGUCAUGGAGGUGCCUCCCGAUCUAAAGGGAACAGUUGAUGACGACCCGAACAUGGUUCAUGCUGUGCAUUAUUACGACGGCGUUACUCUAUUGACGAAGCAUUGGAAUCGCCUUUACAACGUUGAUGUCAUAGGCGUCCUUCGUGGAAAAUAUCUCACACCAGCAUUCGCCGUCAAAAUUGGAGAGACAGCGAUUCGAAAUUGCCUGCGUGAUCAGCUCAAGUUUCUAAGGGAUGAGAGUUUGAGAUAUAUGGGGACUCAUCCUUUGAUUUUCACGGAGAUCGGCAUUCCGUUCGAUAUGGACGACAGGCAUGCAUACAAGACAGGAGACUAUAGCGGUCAAGUCAGUGCUAUGGACGCGAACCAUUUCGCAAUCGAAGGCAGCACUGCCAACGGAUUCACAUUAUGGUUAUAUACAACAUCCAAUAAUCAUGAAUGGGGUGACAACUGGAAUGGGGAAGACUUGUCGAUAUACUCUCUUGACGAUCUAGAACUGCCAAGUGGCAAGCUUCUCGCCUUUGAGAACGAAACCCAACGCGAUCCUCAGUCUCCAGCAUACUCUGAGAGCCAACGCAACACCGAGAGCUACCAAGUGGGUCCACGCGAUUUGAAGCAGGCUCUUCAAUCACCCUCUAUAUCAUCUGAGAUCUCUCAGUCAUCCCAGGACAGACUAGGGUUCCGGGCUGCAGAGGCAUGGGUUCGUCCGAGUCCAAUUAUAACAAACGGCCAUAUAUUGCAAUACGGUUUUGAUCUCAAGAAUUGCGUAUUCAACAUGAGACUACUUGGGGAAAAGAAAGGGCUGGGACAGGCCGCAACGGAGAUAUAUCUCCCUGACUUCCACUUCCCAGGCACUCACACUGUGGUUUCUGUCAGCAGUGGAGAGUGGACGAUUGACUAUCCAGAGAUACAUUCCGUCAAAUUUCAGCGCUUACGCUGGUGGCAUACCAACGGUGAUCACAACAUAAAGAUCCAGGGCGUCAAACGCAAGCCCGGCGACCGGACAGUCUCUGGAGAGGAGCUAUCGUAUCUUGAGCAAUGCCAGAAAGGCGGAUGCAGUAUGAUGUAG